CGUAUCGGCAUGUCAUUUGCUUUCUACAUAAAAUGCUUCCUAUGGAUAAUUUGUGCCAUAUGAAAGACUAAAUACAGGUCGACGCGAGUUCGAAUAUUAAACGGUGUAUUUAGAGUUUUUUAUGUUACGGAAGACCACUGUCGUGACUUUGCAUCAUCUAACGUAAACUCCUUGAGUCGUAUCGAAAGAAAUUAGUACUUUCUGUUAUUGUACCUGAGUGAAAUCUGAAAUUAUAUAUCGAAAUGAAUAGAAUAAAUUGCCGUUGACUGCAAACUGAAGUAAAUUUUAUAAUUUCGCAAAUACAGACAUAUUUGCCCUCUUCUUACGAUCUCAGUUGCAAAUUGAUUAAUUACGAUUUUGAUAGCGAACCAUUAAUUCUCUCUGAAAAUAAAAUGAAUCUGAUUUGCGUUAUAUGCAGCGAGCUGCUUACGCCAUCGGAUGAAGCAUUUUCUACACCUUGUGGUCAUGUGUUUCAUCUUCCCUGUGUCACACAGUGGUUAGAAAGAUCCAAAACGUGUCCACAAUGCCGAGAAAGAGUAACGCAGAACAAGAUCCACCGACUGUACUUUAAUUUUUCUAACUCCGAGUCGAUUAAGGAGGAUCCUUAUUUGUUACAAGUAAGACUGGAUAAUCAAAAAUUACAAUUAUCGCUUAAGAAUGAAGACAUCAAGAUUUUGACACAAGAAAAGAAAACCUUUGAACGUCAAGCAGCUGGUCUUAGAGCUGAAGUCAAAGCGCUGCAAACUGAAAUCAACAAACUGACCAAUGCAAUUCAUGCCUUAAAAGAGCAAGUGAAAUACUUCAAAAAUCUAAGUACCGAAGCAGAUAAAGCCAAGCAAGAUGCAGCUCGAUUUAAGAAGAAGCUCGACGAGAUGAGGCAUCUACAGAUAAUGCUAAGCGCACCUCCAGAAGACGUGGAUGAAAUGAUUAAAACUACAAAGGAUCAUAAUACUUUGAUCACAUACAUUUCUGUAAUGAAGAGAGAACUGACUGCAGGAGUAAUUAAACGGAGAGAAUUACGUGAUAUGGUAAAAAAGCUUCAACAGGAUAUCACCAAGGUUUCCAUCGAACGUAAUUUCCUUUCCGAAGAACAUUCAAAGAGGACUAAAUUGGAAGAACAGCUAGCACUCCGUGAAAGUGAGAAUUUGGCUCUUAAAGCCAAAGUCAAAGAACUUCAAACAGAAAAUCAAUCCUGUAGCAGCGUACGAACUGCAUCAAGUACGGAACAGAGUGCAUUCCGAAUUCCACAGAGUUCCUUGGAACAAGAGGCGGAGUCACGUCGGAGGUCGAAGUCACCAAUUUUGACACAAAAUAAUGAAUCAUUAAGCAAUUCAUCGUGUGUCGAAAUCAAUGAAAACUUGCCAGUUCCGAUAUCAAAAAAGAUGCCUGAAAAAUCUUCUCAGGUUCAAGUUAAAACCCAAGGAAUUAUGGCAUUACAGGAAAGACAUAUAACUCGCCGAAUGGAUUUAUUAGCAAGGCUAAAACUCGCAGGACCUAAGAAUCCAAUUGACCGAACCAGUGUUCAGCGAAGCACGAUUCCUAAAGAUAUCGUUUACGAUGGUUUUGGAGGACACUCGAGAAUCGACAUUUUCCCCAGUUCCUCAAGAACAAAUAAUGAAGCGAAAAAAGUAAAAAGGCAGAAAACAAACCUAGAUGAUAAUAGAAAACUUAACGAAUUUGUGAUUAAUUUAACAUAAAAAGUUCCUCGAUCGUUCUUCAAGCCUGACCUAGAAAUUCUGGGUCUACCGAUGAAUGUGACAAAAGACUACAGUCGUGUCGCGACUAAUGCAAGCAUUUUGGAAAGUGGUACUUUACGAAUUAACUCUGCCUAAAGGAUAAACGAAACUUCUUACUUCACGCAGGCUUUUCUAUGCAUUUAUACAUAUCUAUUUCCACAAAAAAAAUUAAACAUAAUUUCUGAUGCGUGUAGAACAUGUACCUACCAAAACACAUUAAAUGUAAUAAAAUAAUAAAUUAUACUUUCUCUA